UUUGCCUUAUGUCAAAAUUGUCAUAUGCGUAGAAUUCAUGUUUUUGUUUGGGAUGUGAAUUGAAAUGUUUUGUAAACUAUCUCGUAAUUUAUUGAUUUUUGUCACCCACGAUAUAUAUUACGCAUUACACUUGAUGGUCAUCGGGCUUCAUAACUGAAGAGAUUUUGCAAGGACAAAAUGGAAGAAAUCGCCAGGGAAUACAUUACUGUUGCGAGACAACUGUCAUCUAGUGGCUGUUAUAGCAAGGCCUUCGAUUUGUAUGUGUUAUCAUUCGAUAAAAAUCCGCGACUGAAAAAUCUUUUUGAGCCAGAGUUUCGAUCCAUAUUAAUCAAACUAAACGAAGUGCUGGCCACAGCAAACAAAAUUGAAGAUAUUUUUUCAAAUUUCGGCCGUGCUAUUGACGCAUUUCCUAACAACGUACACCUGUUGAACGAUAUAGGCAAAUACCUAUAUAAAUUUGGGUUUUAUGCAGAGGCUUGGUGCCAUUUUCAUAGAGCUUUAAAGUUGGAUAAUGGAUUUGUGAAUCCAGAAAAAAAUCUUAAUUCUGUUAAAAACCUGUUGAUGGAACGUUGGCAUUUCCGAAUGCUGAAUGAUAAGACCCGGAAUGAUGCCUACCGUGAUGCCAUUCACGCAACUGCAGUUCCUUUCAGAGAUUGCAUUCUGGAUAUAGGUACAGGAACAGGUCUGUUAGCUAUGUAUGCAUGCGAGUGUUCUCCUAGAACCAUAACAGCAUGUGAUGGAUCUGCUGUAAUGACGAGCUUAGCGGAAGUAAUCACACAAGAGAAUUAUCGACAAGAGAUAAUUAUAAUAAACAAGAUGUCCACAUCAAUGAAUUACCAUGAUGUUGGUGGACGUAGAACUCUAGUGGUCACUGAAAUGUUUGAUGCUGGUUUAUUUGGAGAACAUGUCUUACAAACAUUGGCACAUGCUCAUGAAUGUUUGAUGUCGAAUUCUGCUAAAGUGAUACCAAACAAAGCUGAAUUUUUUAUUGCUCCUGUCAAAUGUGAUUAUCUCAACAGGAGAUAUCAAUUGUGCUCCACUACCAAGAGUAUUCUGAAUAUUCCACAUUAUACUGUUCAUAUUCUAACCUUUGAUGAGACAUAUGAUUGUGAAGAUGUUCACCUUUAUCGAGAUAUAAAAUACAUGGCGGAACCUCUCUCCCUUCUUAAAGUGAACUUCAAUGAUUAUCAAGAUGUCUAUACAACAUUGAAUAGGAAUGACCCUUACACACUUCAGUUUAAAGUUAAGGAAGAUGGUGAAAUCAAUGCUGUAAUUGGUUGGUUCAACCUGUAUCUGACUGACAACAUAACUAUCACUACAGACCCUAGAUCUGAUAAAAGAGCAAAUGCAUGGCAACAAGCUGUGUUCUUUGAUAACAUACCAAAAACAGUGACACAAGGGGAACUAGUGGAUUUCCAUUUUCUGUUGAACAGAGGUAAACUUACAAUGUUGCCAAACUGGAACAGUGAAGUUUUAAGAAUCUCUCCUGAAACUCUUAGAUAUCUCAAUGACACAGAGUUUGUAAACAUGAUAAAAGGUUCCAUUGCCAUGACAUGUAUCUACUUGGGGCAGAUUGCUGACAUAUCUUUAACUAAUAUUGUUGAUUUGUGCCCUUUCCCAUUAUUUGGCUUGCUGAUGCUGAGGCGUGGUGCUCAAUCAUUGAUAUGUUGUGCCAAAACUGAUGUAGACAGAGUAUUUUUUGAGACAGUAUUUGAAGCUAAUAAUGUACCAUUAUCGAAACUGCAUAUCUUGGUUGGAGAUGAAUGGGGCCAAGAAGUAUUCAGAGAUGAGAAGUACCAUGCUAUAUUUUGUAACAUAUUUGACUUGUGGGGUGAUGUAGAGCUCCGUAAUAUGGAAAUUGCUCAGCACUUGAAGCAGUCACACCUUCUGCAGGGUGGGCUGUUUAUGCCGUCGAAUGUGAAGGUCAUGGGUCAGCUCAUCAAUAGUCACUGGCUGGAUAUAAACAAUAGAGUAUAUGAUGAGAAUGUAAGCAACUUUAAGAUGGCAAAACAUGUCAACAAAUAUCAAGUGUCACAGAAUUUCUGUAUUGAUUUCUCUCAUUUGGAAUAUACACCUUUAUCAGAGCCAGUUGUGCUGGGUGUAUGCAGCACUGAUACAAGAUCACAUGUGGUGAAUGUGCCGGUGGUAAACAAUGGCUACUUGAAUGCCAUCCUUUGCUGGUACAGCUUAGAGUUGAUGGAACACCUUGGAGAAAUUUCAACUAAUCGUAAAAACAGCUUCAUUGAUGGUACAGUGUUCCUGAUAAGUCCAAAGGUGCCAAUGAUUAGUGGUAAGUUUGCGACUGUGUUGCAUUGUGUUGAUCCUGAUGGCUCAUUUAAAUUGAUGAUUGAUGUUGACACCACUUAAAUAUUUGUUGACAAGCAUUUGGUAAAUGUUGGCACUAUGGCAUCAUGUUUGUUAUUUUUUUAUGAAUUUUAUACAAAGUAUUUUUAAACUGUUUGAAGUUAUUAAAAAAAAAAAUUGAAUCUAAAAUAAAUGUUCUGUUUUUUCGAUAUUCGAAAUUGUAUAUUUUUAUAAGUAAAUAAGGAUCAAUUCAGAGUAAGAGAUGGCAAUACCUAGAACUGUAUAUAUGUACAAUCAAAGUCUCAUAGCUUCAUGCAGAAGGCUGCGGCUUGAGAACGUCGGAAGUUCGUACAGUUUAUCUUGGUAUUGCUACAGCAGAAGCCAGGGUCAUUUUAUUCAGUUUCAUUUAACAAGUGUUCGUUCCUGCUCGUCAUCUCUAUGUGAAUUGACCCUGACAUUAUAUCUUUUAUAUAUUUUGGUUACUAUACUUUUGUAUGUAUUGUAAUUACAUUAAAUUACAUACAAGUAUAACUUAAAUGUAAUGUAUUCAUUCAAAUUAACUGUGUUGCGCAUAUUAACUAUGAAUAAAGUCACAGGGUGUUGAUGAAGCCUAUUUAUUAAUUGAAUUUAUUGUAUUUAGAUAUAAGUACAUGUUCGUAUAAGAAAUUUUUAUGUACAGUCACAUACAAUAAUAUAUUCUGAACAUUGUUGUACAUGUCGUUUCUAUGUCAUAAUAAUAUUAUCAGAAAUGUCAAAGACGCAACUCUCUGCCAUUUUGUUUUGAAGGUUUAAAAUUUUUAAACUGUGUAUUUAUUAAUUGUUCUGUGGUAAAACUAAAUGGUUAACAUCAAUAACAUAUUAUUGUACUUGACUGUACUUGUCUAUGUCAGUGUUAUCACGAGUGUUAACAGUUAUUUGUAAACUCAUAAGCUAACGGUCAAAUUGUCAUUUACUCUACUUAAGAAUCAACUGGACUAACUACUACUAUCCAAAAACAAAAGAAAAUUGAAACAUAUAUCUACUUAUCACUAAUGUCACAUGCAACAGAAUGGUGAAUUUAGACAAUUCAUAAUCACCACUCAUUAUUUGUAGCACAUUUAAAUAAAAUAGCCACUUUAUAUGAAUCAUAAGAAUUUUUCCCACGAACAAAUUAUUUCAAAUUGGCAAGAGAACAACACGGCGGUAAAUCCCCGCAAAUAAUAUAAUAAUCAUCAAAACCUUUACAAACUUCGUCAUAGUCGUAGAAUACUGACGAAUUUUUGUUUGUAAUAUUUGUCAGAUCCGUCAAUAUUCUACGACUAUGACGAUUUAUCAGAAAUUAGGGUAAAUAUCGCGUAACAUGUGCGAUAGAAUCAGUCGAGUUUUUGUGCUAUCUGUGCCUACAUUUUCAAUAGAUUGGAUUAUACGAAAUGAAUUAUGGUAUGAUUUGUUUAAAGUGGCCAUUUUAAUAUCUACUAUUUAAACUAAUUAAAUGUAUCUGUGUCUUGAAAUUUAAAAUAUUUGUUAGGUGAACACCACGUUUACUGUAGGAUUUAUAAAAAUACGUAUACACGUUCCAGGCCAAAUAUUAUUCAAAUAAUCUAUGUGUGCCAUUUGAAUCUAAAAUGUAUUCUCAGGUGCUGUUAUAUGGCGGAAGCCUCUUUUGAUCGGUCUGUAUUGUAUUAUGUGUAGGUCUACGUGUAUAAUCGUUAUUAAUGUAAAAUAGAAUAUUUCCUACAAUGUUAUUGCUCAAUUUAAUUUUGUUAUAAUAAUUAAAUGACGUUAUUUUCUGUCACAUUAUCAAUGUCAGUCAAUAUACAUCAAGUUUCAGUUUCCUCAUUAGAUGCUUAUUACAUUAUUAAAUUAUAUAGGAUCAUACGUAGAUACAUUUAUUUAUUUAUUUAUAAAGCUUUUAACGUAUUCUGAAUGUUAUUAUAAAAGUUAUAUAUGUAGAGGGUCACAGUGAAAGAUAAUAUUCUUUAAAACAACAAUAUAUAUAUAUAAUACGUAUAGAUACAAGACGAGACAACCAUUUGAAUAGAAACAAAAACCGUAUAGAAAAAUAAUAUCAACAUAUAUAUGUGGCCAGAAUUAAAUUUACAUCAUGGCCACAAAGAAGUUUCAAUAAUAUAAAUCUUAUAUGACUCAGGAAUAUUUAUUUUUUGAAAAACGUACAGCUGAAUUACAGUCAAUACAUAAUUAAAUUAUAUAUAUAUAUAUAUAUAUAUAUAUAUAUAUAUAUAUAUAUAUUAGUUAUUAUUUUUGCAAAAGAAAAUGACAUUGUUACUCCACCUGUGUAUUGAUGUACACUGGCGGGAUACCAAUCGGCAUCUGUCGGUAGAGUCGUUAUCGCUAGCGAGUUCAUGAGAUAGCGAUGUUUACUGUCUUGUUCUUUCUUAUGUGAAGAGAUUCUAUCGAUGGAUUUAUCUGCCACUUGUCUUAACAUAUACAUUCAUAUCUUUUACACAGUGCAUCUAUAUUUUUGGGCUCUCUUUUCUUUCAUUACUCACGUUAUUACAUCUGAUCCUUAUUAUGUAUAUUUGAUAAUGUAAUAUGCUUCUAUUCAAUUAAAUAUACCAGUUUAGAUUGGGUAAAGUAGAAUUAGAAAUAUUAUAAACACCACUGAUGUAAAAUGGUCAAAUAUGUGUAGAUAUAUUAAAAUUGUGCAGUUUAAAAUAGCCAUUUUAGCUAUUCAUAAUAGGAUGCUGAAUCGAUUCAUAUUUGCAAUUCAUAGAAUUGGCAAUUUUCUAAGAAAUAUCGAUAAAGAAAAUUCUGUAUUGCCAUAUGAGCAGAUACAGCUUGCGGAUUUUCGUAGUAUUUUAUUAUAUUUUAGGAAUCUAUCAUGAAACACCAUAGUUAUUAUUUUAUAACCUCUAUGCACGCAUGAGGGAUUCACGGCAUAUAUUAUCGUCCAUAGUGUUGCUCAUGUAGUCAUGUACCUACAUCCUGACGACGAUUGUAACUUUACAUCGGUGGGUCGUAGGCUUGUUUGUCAUUGCUGUUAGUUUAAAAAAAAAUAUAGUUAAUGUUUUAUGUGUGUGAUUAUUGUAUUUGUAUAAGACCUUAUCAGAGUCACAAAACACCAUAGCACGGAAGGCCUAUAACAAUGGGAUAGUCCGUCCGAGACGAUUCACUUUGCCUGCGCCCUUUGAGUAUAUACCGAAGCAUCUAUUGCGCUCCGACGCUUUAACACGUGGCGCGGACCGCGUCUCGCCUAAUAUUGGACUCGAUUGGUCGGGAUCCUCACAUGUUAGCUCAGAUUUUAAAAUAAGAAUUACAAACAUUGAUUAUUAACCUGUUAAGUAUUAAUCAGAAUAGUGAAUUUGACAGUAUUAUUACCGUCUUAAAUUAUUGCUAUAAAAUAUGUGGCAUGAGGCUGUGAAUCUGUAUCAGGACCAAGAUUGUUUUCUCUUAUGUUUCAUAUGAUACGGCUGACACAAUUUUUAGAGACCGGUCGUAUCUUCACACAUGACUACUUCGCAUUUAUUGACAUUUAUAUUGCAUAAUAUAUAAGUGAGUGUUACCUGUGAGUAGAUUAAUAUAAUAACAAAGAUGUGCUGUUUAAACGUAUUAUGUAGCGUUAUUUUUAUAUUUGUAAGUAGCAAAAUUCUUUUAAUCAUCAAGUAGAUUUACAAUUGUCUCCAUUGUCAAGACUUGAGCUCGAACCCAUGGCCUGAAUCUCGAGACAGGGAGACCCCGGGCAGCAGACCCUCUCUCAGACGCGUCAUAUAGACCAAUUAUAAAACAACCAGUUGCAUACGUGGGUGUACGAACUAUGACCUUCGUCUACGGUAAGACGCAUAUACAUUCCUGUAACGUCAAAGAAUAACGCGAACUAAUGUUGCAAGAUAAAUUCACAAGGAAUUCGCCAAAAAUUGUACACUAAAUAGCCUCCAAUCGUCAAAAAUUAUUUUCGAAAUAGUCAAAACGGCGAUCGGUCAUUAAACGGGGGAAAGUCGCCUAAUCUAGCAAUGUCUACGCGGAUCGUUCUCACGACCUUCUAAUUUGAAGCUAGGCUGUGGGAUCCGAGCUCUCGUAUUCUAUCUACAAAUUGUACAUUUUAUUUGCAGUUUAUUUAUAAUUUUUUCUAUAUAACCGUUACCAUUACCUGUAGUAAAAAUACAAAACUCCGCUUGUUCGGAAAUAUCAAACACUAUUAAAUGAUCACAAUUCACUUUAGAAUGAGAAUAUAAAUGUUAAAUGUGAUUAACGUUUCAAUGUCUCAAUGUGAACAAGUAGUGAAUUUGAUGUGAUAUUUUUGAAAAAUGAUAUUGAAAUAAAGUAUCUACUUUUGAAUGUCAAAA